AUGCGGCAGGCCAGCAGGCAGGGGCCUGGUGGCAAGCCCGUCAUCGCCUUAGACAGCACGCAGCUGGCCUCCCUGCAGCGCGUGGUGGGCCCCAGCCUACCCAGCCCAUUGUCCAUUGAGCGCUUCCUGGGCGCGCUGUCGGGCACGGCGCUGGAGCACUGCUCAGGCGAGUGGCCAAAUCUGGCAAAUCUUCCCCCUCUCAUGCACAGGCGGCGCUCCUCGCCCCCGCCCCGCCUCUCGACAGCGCCGCCCGGCGUCCACGACACCCUGGGGCAGGUGGAGCAGGUGGUGCAGAUCCUGAAGCUGGCAGACUGGUUUGGCGCGCACGAGCUGCGCGACCGCUGCGACUCCCGCCUCUGCCAGCUGCUGCACGGGCUGAGCAACCGGCAGGCGGUGUCGGACUCGCGGGAGGAGGCGGCGGCGCAGGCGCUCGAGGCCGGCAUCCAGCAUUACCUCACAAAGACAGUCGGCUGGCUGCUCCCCUGGGCGCUGCAGCAGCUGAGCCGCGGCGACAAGGACUGCCCCGGCGCCGCCGCCGCGGAGCAGCUCAGCGGCGAGCUGCGCACGGGGCAGCAGCACAGCGCGUGGUUCCUCCACCGUGCCGCGCGGCGCCGCCGCCGCCUGCACGAGGCCCUCAUGGGCGACGACCAGCUCAAGGUGGUGCUCAUGGAGCAGCAGUGGUGGGCCCAGGGAGACGACUUCGAGGCCGGCUGCGCCGACUGCGGCUGCUCCCCCUCCGACCUGCGCCCCGCCUAUGAUUGCACGGGCGAGGCCUGGCUCUGGUCCCGCGACGGCUCCAGUUACAUGGCAGCCGCCGCCCACUUUGCCCACCUGCUGCACGAGCGGUGCUGGGGCCUGACGCCCGCGGGCAGCGGCUUUUGCUCCGGCCCGCUGGCCAUCAGCCCGCGCGACCAGGCGCCCGCCCCGCAGGGCCUCGUGCGCAUGGGCAGCAUGAGCUCCGUGGGGCAGCACCACUAG